UUUUUAAAGGGCCGCGCCCUGUUUAAAUUUCUACAUAAAAUUGUUUUCCUUUGCUUUUUUUUUUUUUUUUAUAAAAAGGAUUAUUUUGUAUACAUAACAAACUCCCCACUCAUCCUUAUUUAUUAAUAAUAUGCUUCGUGCUGCUUUUACUGGUUCUGUUUCUCGUAUUGCUGUUCGUUCAGCUAUUCCUGCUGUUCGACCUUUGACAAUGGCUAUGGGAAAGCGUCUUUAUUCUUCCGGCCAUGAAGAUGAAAGUUUUGAGUCAUUUACAGAACGUUAUGUUAAGUUCUUUGAUGGUGUUGAAGAUCUCUUUGAGCUUCAACGUGGUUUAAAUAACGCAUUUGCUUAUGAUCUUGUUCCUGCUCCUUCUGUCAUUGAAGCAGCUCUUAGGGCAUCUCGUCGUGUUAACGAUUUCGCUACUGCUGUUCGUGUUUUCGAGGGUCUCAGAGAUAAAGUCGAAAAUGAUAAACAAUAUGAACAAUAUCUUGAAGAAUUGGCACCCAUUAGAAAUGAAUUAGGUGUCAUGACUAAAGAGGAAUUGAGUCAGUAAAAAAAAAAAAAAGAAAAAGAAAAAGGAAAAGGAAAA